GCGCCCGAUCGAGCGCCACCAUUUCUACCCGCUCCACCAACGCUAAACCACAGGUACGCACGGCGGUACGUGCUCGCGAUCACACACUCUUACGCCCACACUAGCUCGCUCUCCCAGCAGCUUAGCCUCGCUCUCGCAGGAUGGGGAGCCGUGAUGGCCGCGCUCGCCCUCUGCCACAGGCCCUCCUCCUCGCCGUCGGCGUCGCCAUCGCCUGCUACAUGGCCGCCACGCCGUCCUCGGCAGAGUCGGACGCCGGCGCCGGCGCCGGGUCGUCGUGCGCGGCCAAGCUCGCGGCGUGCGGGGGCUACCUGAACGCCACCGACGCAACGACGGUGCCGGACUCCUGCUGCAACCCGCUCAAGGAGGUGGCGACGAUGGAGGCGGCCUGCGUGUGCUCCAUCCUCAUGAACAAGGCCGCGCUGCAGACCUUCGGCGUGACGCCGGAGCAGGGGGUGCACCUCGCCAAGCUCUGCGGCGUCACCACCGACGCCUCCACCUGCAACAAGUACGCCGCCGCCGGUGCCGGUGGUACCGCAGCUUCUUCAGGAUCAACGGGAACUGCUGCUUCUACAGUGGCCAAGCCAACGGCAAGCGGAGCCACCACGCGGCACCUGACCUUGAUGGCUGCACCUUCCCUCGUAGCACUAGGCUUCAGUUUCAUCUGCUGGUCGAUUGUUGCUUAACAAGAGCUACCCUAUGACUAGACUCUUCCCGUAAUUUUAUUUGUAUCAUCUCAAUAAUUAUGUAUAUCUACCUGGUUAUUUGGUUCAGUUGAAAUUUAUCACUUACGCCUGCAUA